AAUUGGUAUGAAAAUAAUUGUAUAGAAAAAAAAUUGAAUCAACAAAAUUUUUCUUAUGGAACAUAAAAAAAUAUUUUUUCAAAAAUUUUACGAGGCACAGUCCUGAGUCCUAUGUAGCGAUACACCCAAUGAGACGUUGGGCCAGAAAGAAAGGGAGGUCCAGUCUCCGACACAGCCCCCAAGUAGCCCAUGACUCUUCGCGCCCAGGUAGACAGACAGAGAGAGAGAAAGAGCGUCCUCAGUCUAUUGAGUUGAGAGAAAGGAGGGAAAAACCCAAAACCCUAAUAAAACUCCUUCUUCUUCGCCAUUCCCUGUCCUAACCUUUGAUCCUUCAUUCAUAUUUAAAAAUAAAUUAUAUCAAACUUUUGCUUUUCUCUAUUCUUUAUAAUAAUAAUAAUAAAGUACAGAAGACGAGCCUUGAGGUUGCCCUGUCCAUGGCGAAGAUUCUUCGCGACGUUAAUUUUCACAAACGCGCUUCUUUUCUAGCUACUGAGGUAUUAAAAAGAGGGAUACUAGGGACUUCAUCUCAGCUUUGUUAUUUUUCUUCCAAAGGAAGAAGGAAAUGCAAGUCAGAUGGAAGUGACUCCGGUGAAGAAAAUAUGUCAAAGAAAGACAUAGCCCUCAAACAAGCUUUGGAUCAGAUUACGUCCUCAUUUGGAAAGGGAUCUAUAAUGUGGCUAGGACGGUCUGCAUCUCCUAAAGAUGUUCCAGUUGUGUCCACAGGUUCGUUUUCUCUGGAUCUGGCACUGGGAGUUGGUGGACUUCCUAAGGGACGGGUUGUGGAGAUAUAUGGUCCGGAAGCUUCUGGAAAAACAACUCUUGCUCUACAUGUGAUUGCUGAGGCACAGAAGCAAGGAGGUUACUGUGUUUUUGUUGAUGCUGAGCAUGCUCUUGAUCCUUCACUGGCACAGGCUAUUGGUGUAAAUACUGAGAAUCUCCUUCUCUCACAACCUGAUUGUGGUGAACAAGCGCUCAGUCUUGUUGACACUAUAAUCCGAAGUGGUUCUGUUGAUGUUGUUGUUGUUGACAGUGUAGCUGCACUAGUGCCUAAGGGUGAACUUGAUGGUGAGAUGGGUGAUGCUCAUGUAGCUAUGCAGGCCAGAUUGAUGAGCCAAGCACUUCGCAAGCUGAGCCACUCUCUAUCUCUGUCACAGACAUUGUUGAUCUUUAUAAAUCAGGUGAGGUCGAAAAUUAGUACUUUCGGAGGAUUUGGUGGUCCCACUGAAGUUACAUGUGGUGGCAAUGCUUUGAAGUUCUAUGCUUCGGUGCGACUAAAUAUAAGGCGAACAGGGUAUGUCAAGAAGGGUGAAGAGACAGUAGGUAGUCAAGUUUUAGUGAAGAUUGUGAAGAACAAGCUUGCGCCUCCAUUUAAAAAUGCUCAAUUCGAGCUAGAGUUUGGCAAGGGAAUAUGUCGAGCAUCAGAACUGAUCGAAUUGGGGUUGAAAUAUAAAUUCCUUUCAAAAGCCGGGUCACAUUAUAAUUUAAAUGGCAAGAAUUUUCACGGUAAAGAUGCUUUGAAAAGGUUUCUUUCUAGUGAUGAGAUUGCUGCAGAAGAACUUACUAUGAAGCUUCGGGAGAAGUUACUUCAUGCUGAGCCAGAAAAGGAAACAACAGAAGCAGAAUCUUCAGAUCUUGGCCCUGUAGAGGAAGUUGUUUCAGGCGAUUCUACAGAAGAAGAAGGAAUUGCGGCAGUUGAAGCAUAAGUUUGCUUACUAUUGAAAAUGUAAAAUUUUGCUUUGUUUUCCCAGUUGGGGCAUCAAUAUUGGAUCUGCUGUGGCCUUUUUAUUGGUAAAAUCACAUGGUGCAUAAUGCAGAUGCAAUGGAGAGUAUAGAGAAGGUAUUAGUCUGUUAUGUGAUUAAGGUUUCAAAGAGCCUUUUAUAUCAUUGGGUUAUGUAGUUUUCGGGUUUCAAAACAAGCAGCCUAGAAGAAUGUUGGGUCAUUGUCUAUAGUUUUUUGAGGUCACCACAGGUGCUGUUUGGGCAAUGUUCAGCCACAUUUCUUUGUAUGUUAUAUAUUGUCAUUGUUACUUAUCAAUAUAAUUCUUAUUUGAGUAUUUUACUACCGAAAACUGAAAGAGACCAUGAACAUUAAUCGGCUCCAAUUCAUAGUAAAAACACUCAUCUUUAGAUUUUUGCUGCCUU